CCGUAAUUCAGCCAAAAUCAAGAAAAAACGGGAUGAAGUGAACGUAAGCGUAUGUGUGUGUGUGUGCGCAAUUGUGUACGAGUGGGGUGGCAAACAGGCAAGCCCGAAAGCCAACCCAUUUCUACCCCCGUCGUGUGUAGUGCUGCUGCUGCCGCUGCAACACACACUCGCACUUACACAAGGAUGUAUAGUGCGCUGGUUAGGUGAAAAGCGGGUGCGUGAAAACGGAGAAGAAGCAGAAGAUUGCAAUAGAAGACGAAGAAGGGAAAAAGAUUCCGUAACCACAGCAAAAACGCGAAAAGAAAUUGCGAGUGUGCGGCCCGUGUGUGUGUGUGUCUGUUCGUGCACGGGGUUGCUUUUUGGCUUUUUUGUUGCUUUUCCCUUUUAUUUUCUUCGUUGGUGUUAACUUGCGCUCUCGCGCACGGUUGGUCUGAGCGAGCAGGCACCGCGAACGUUCGGAUUUGGCUGUUGGAAGUGAACGCGAGAGGGAAAGGCUUAGACCGGUUCCGCUAUCUCGUUCGUGCGCAAGGUGAUGUGGUGCAUGCAUCUCAGUCGCGGAUGUGUGGUGUCGCGCGUGAAGUGAAUCGAAGCAGUUUGCCGUGGAAACGUGCGACCGUGUGCCCGUGUGCGCGCAUGUGUGUGGUAGAUGUGUGUGUGCAUACGUUAGGUAGUGGAGUGUGUGCAAAGUGUCCGUCCUAGUGGUGUGUGGACAAGUGGAAGCACACGACAGCAAAUAGGAGAAGCAGGAGAGAACGAAGAUAGUGCAGAGGAGGUCGCUAUUGUGAGCUGUCGUGCGUGUGUGUGCAAAACGAGAGAAAGAGUGAGAGAGAAAGAGACAUACGCAUCCAUUUACUGAGGCUGGUUCAUACAUUUGGAAACGUACAUAUCCAACAACUACACCGCGAACACAGCAAAUACAGAAGCGUUUGCGUUCGGUGCCCGACGCACACUUUGCGACGUUGCUGGCAGCCGUACACACACUCAAACACAACCAAGCGGGAAGAGAGAUGAGCCGAUGAGAGAUGCUGUCGGUUAUGUAUGCUGGCGCUGCUGGGCUGUGAGCGAGCGAGAGCGAGACAGCUGCACACCUCGUUUCUGCUGGCAACAAAGUUGACCACAUCGAUUGGCGAAAUAGAUUGACCGACAAAAAAGAACAUGCAUCGUUUGGGUUGUGUGCAACCACCACUACACUACGGCAGCUCUGUCACGAACGUAGGCAAACGGUUUCCGACGUGCAGCGGCAGUAACGCCGGUAGUGCCAUCAUCCUCCACAGCAGUUACUACGAGGCGGCCACUACCAAUCCCACGGCAACGGCCCACAGUGACGAUGAUGCAUCGCUAGAAGCGAAAGUGUAAGCUUUCCUCGUGAACAACUAUGUGUGCCUUAUCUCAUUGCGAAACGCAACGCUAACACUACAAAGCCGACGAUUCUCGUCAGUAGGGGGAUCCGAAACCCAGCACAAGCGCGCGCACCAGCUUCUGUACGAUAUACAGGGCCACAAACACCAGCAUCAUCAAUUCUCUAUCCUUCCCCCCUUCAUGAAACAUACACCACAAUUCCCCCGAAGGCACUCUUCCAUUUUGGAGCGGCAACUACAAAACCAAUAGAAAAAAAAAGAAACAAAGCCCAUGAUAGAACCGCGAAGCUGGAGAUAUACUGGAUGUAAAAUAUAGAAAUACGACCACACGUACAAAUUGGAGAAGGGAGCAAGAUUUGGCAAGAGAAUAGGCCAAAAGAGAAAAGUGGAAGGCAGAAACAAUCAACCCACAGUCAAUCAAUCGGAUACGCAAAGAAGGAGGAUCAGGAUCACUUGAAUACGAAGCCUCCUGGAAGGAUACGACAAAACAAGCCGCUUCUUUACCUAUAUUAUACUCUCUUUGCAUCACCGACGUCCUUAUCGGGUUUCCCCACUAAGCGAACUGGAUUUAUAUACAGAUUUACAUUUGUAGUUUUAUAUUUUAAUCAAACUCGAGUCCCAGUGUAUCCUUUCAUGCGCCAAAACCGGGGGUCUGAAAGCAGCGAAUCAAUCAAUUAAACACACACACACCGCGUCAAUGGUUGGCACAUCUUCUGUGACGCUGUGGUCGUUGCAAAUACAACGAAUUGACGGUUGCUGUAAGCGAAAAACAAAGCCCUUAAGUUCGGAACAACAAAAAACCGGCACCAUCAGUCAGCAUCAUAACGAGUGUUGUGGCCUAUGGCAGUGAAAGGAUCAGAAUUUAACCAUACAAAAGAUACGUCCGGUUGAAGAGAGUGUUGCAGAAAACGACAAACAAAAAACAGUAAUAUAAAAAUAAUAUUAACCCGUAGUACAACAAGCACUUGUCGUAGACAGGUGUGAUUAGUAUGUAACGUAAACACACAUGCAAAUAUCCACAACGCCAUACGUUAAGGGGGAUCGAAUCCUCGCAGGAAACUACAGAGUUAAAGAAGAGCAAGAAAAAACAAACCCAUUCCCGUGUUCGGUACGAACGGGGGUCUGGCUUCCGGUUGUAAGAAGCAGUCAGAAAGGAAAGAAGGAAGAAGGUAUCAAUACUUCCUGUGUUUUGUGUGCAGCCCACCAGCUCAGACGUUUCGUGUUUCGCUUAUCCAGCGAGGUUAGACGUCGCGCAUGAAAAGUGUGAACGGCGCUGGUGCUGCACGCAUCAUCAUCGUCGUAGUAGCCGGUCAUAGGAGCGACAGCGCCGAAAGUUGCAGAAGGAAAACCGUGUGAACAACACUGUUUCAGGGUGCAUUAAAGCCACUCGCAUACUAAACGUCAUUAGUAAUGGAGGAAGGGCAAACACAGGCCCAAUCGCAGGGGGAACAGCAGCCGAAGGAAGCACCGCCGUCACAGCAACAGCAAGGCUUCGGUGCGUACAUCGCACUUGAGGAUGAUAGCGCUCCUCUGACGCUCGUAGACGAACUAGCCUUUGACAAGGAUGACAUCGUGCACGUGUGGAUUCCGACGGUGGCCAAACCGCCCACCAGUACCGUCGCCGAAGGUGAGGGUGGUCCUCGAGUCGCCUGGUACAAGGCCACCAAUGCUCGCACCAAGCAGACGGGUUACGUGCAGUUGAGCAAACUCUCGCCGUUGGAAAACAUCGACCCUGUUCUGUAUAGCUCUGGAGCAGCACGGCAGUACCUGAGUAGCGUUUCCACCGGCGCGUGCGUAUCUAUUGGUUGCGCCUGCGUUGCCGGUGGUUUGCCGCAACAACAACAGCAGCAGCAACAGCCACAACACACCGCGAUCUCUGACGCCUUUGGCGGAAUGCGGCUGGGCGGUGGCACCACUCAGGGUACCGAUACGACAACGACCAAUGCGGAAGAGCUCUAUGUCAAGUGCGUUACACCGGGUACGGUGCUGAAAGAUCCAGCACUAAAAGAUGAAAUGGCUAGUAGAACCAGUAAUAACAGAGCUCACGCGACCGAGUUUGUUUAUUUCGUAACACCCAUUAUUUGUUUGUUUUGCCAGGACUACAUCUGGGGGCUUGGAAGGCAAGGUGGACAGUGUAGAAACUGUUCAGCGUGUUUCCACGUCAAUUGUCUACCGAUGGCCUUGUAUAGGCCGUGCCAAAGAAAUUCGGAAAUGAACAUACCGAGUACUUUCAGAACGGAAAAGUCAAUUAACGAAUGGACAACGGAAAAUGUGCUGGAAUGGAUGACCGCUGUUAAUAUGUAUGACCAUGUGGAGGUAUUCAAAACGAAAGCUAUAAAAGGCUGUGAUUUACCGAAUUUGGAUCGUGAUAAGCUUGAACAAAUGGGUAUUAAGAAUGAUUUCCAUCAGAAUUCUAUCCUGACGACGAUUAGACAACUUCUGACGAGUGCAGACAUGUCUGCAACGGCAGAACUGCCGACAUUGCCUGCUUCGGCACACAGUACAGUAAACCUUUCGGCCGGCUCUGAUCAACAGCAUAACGGGCAUAAGCUGAUGAACGGUUCAUUUUCGAAACAGCAAAAAUGUGAUAUGUGCAAGAACUACCUGUUAGGAUUGGUCCAUCAGGGGCUGUUCUGCACCCAGUGUCGUUUGGUCGUACACCGGCAGUGCUCGGUGAUGGGCCUGAAGCCAUGCACUGCUCCAGAUCGUGGCGCACAGCAACAACAGGCACAACAGCUUCCUUCCACGUAUGGCAGCGGGUACAUGCUUGGUGGGGCAUUCCGCCAGGAGCACCAGCACAUAUUUGGCAAGAGUCUCUGUUUGCUGUUCGACGCCCAGCAGCAACCUACACCUCAAAUCGUGGCAGAUCUCUGUACCAGUCUGGAAAAGAAGGCCAUGAUGGACAAAGGACUUGACCUGUACGUUGUGUACCGUACUACACCGGUUCGGUAUGACGAGGUGAACAAACUGCGCGACGCACUCAACGAGAAUCUGCUCAAUAUUGAUCUGAACGGUUACACGCCGGAAUGCGUUGCAACGGUGCUGAAGAAGUUUUUCCACGAGCUGCCCGAUCCACUCAUACCGGUUACAUUGUACCAGUCGUUUAUCGAUGCAUCAAUGCUCGAUGACCAGCAGGCUGUGGAACGUAUGAAGGCGAUUAUACAAGACAUGGCACCACAUCACAACAAGACGUUGCACUACUUCAUGCGGCAUCUGAUCCGAAUCUGUCGGUUGCAGUUUAUGCGCGGAAACAAACAACAGCCAACGAUGCUGUUGCAAAAUUGGUGCCAUAUUUUGAUGCGCCCAGCGUGGGAGAGGAUUGUGCACUUUGUGAGUAACAUAAAGAACCAUUUGCGGGUAUUGGAAAUUCUUAUGUACAAACUGGACUGGAACGAGGCGUUGCCCGAGUUUCUUUCCAUACCGGCCGUUCCACCGAGAAAGACUUCCCGUACGGGUGGUAGCGGUGUAACUGGAUCAACGAAGAAAUCCAUCAUUGCAUCACCAGAAGGAGGAUCCGUUGGGGCGCCGUUAAUUGAAAGCGAUUACAGCACCACCUCCGCAACGCUGGGACGGACCGUGCCUCAGCAACCGGGAGCAGGAGGUGCUGGUGGAGGUGGCGGAAUGUUGCUCACUGGUGGUGCUCCGCUGGUGACCGAUGCGGAUACACCUCAGGAGCUGCGUGAUGCAGAAUGGUAUUGGGGUAAGAUUUCGCGCGAUGUUGCCAAGGAAAAGAUGAUGGAUGCACAGGAUGGAUCGUUUCUGGUGCGUGACGCCAUCAAUGAUGCGGGCGAAUAUACGCUCGUGCUGAAGAAGGACGGUACGGAUCGUCCAAUAAAGAUUUACCACAAAAACGGCAAGUAUGGUUUCACGCAGGAGUGCACGUUCGAAAGUCUGGUCGGCAUGAUCAACGAGUUUCGCACGACCACGCUGAAGGAAUAUAACACCAUCCUCGACAUUAGCCUGUUGUAUCCGAUAUCGCGGUUUGAGGACGAAAGUCUCUACCCGACCGCUGGAGACAUUCAUCAACUCGCGCAAAACUUCUAUGAAACGGUACAAAGGUUAACAGAUUUGCAGAACAUGCGUGAAUCGACGCUGGAAGCUUUCAAUCAGGCUCAGUCACACCUCGAAUUACGCCGCCAGGCACAGGAAGCGUUCAUCGAGGCGGACAAACUGUUCAACGAUCAGUUGCAGACGCAGGCACGCUACGAAACGGAAGCACAACCGCACGAAAAGCGCAGCCUGGCACAGAACCGUACGUUGAUCGAAAACCGGUUGGAGGAGCUGCGCAAGUGUAAAAAGAAUCUGGAUGAAGAUAUGGAACGGGAACGGGAGCGUAUGCGUGAGUUGCAGCGCGAGGCCAUGAAGCUGAAGCCGGAAAUUUUGAACCUAAGCAAACAGAAGGAUCAGUAUCUGGAGGCGCUCAAGCGUCAGUCCAUCACGGACGCGCAAAUCAAGCAGAUCCUCAAGGACGGUUACCUUUCGGCGACGAAUCCGGACUCCACCCAGGACCUGCCGCACCUGGACGAAACGACCUGGUUGCGGGAACGUUACACUCGGCAGGAUGCAGAGAAAAAGUUGGCCAACAAACCGACCGGCACGUUCCUGAUUCGGGCGCGCAAUGCCGGCCACUAUGCGCUGUCGAUUGCGUGUGACGGGCGGGUGAAUCAUUGCAUAAUUCACCAGACGGAGCGAGGGUACGGUUUCGCCGAACCGUACUUCAUAUACGAUUCGUUAAAAUCACUCGUGGUGCACUACGCGACCAACUCGCUCGAGGAGCACAACGAUCUGUUGCAGACAACGCUGAAGUAUCCGGCAUUUGCACCGAACCUACCGAGCGGCAGUGGAAGCGGAAGCGCAGGAAGUGGUGGCAGCGGCAGUGGUGGAAGCGGUCAAGCAGGUCAAGCAUCAUCCUCUUCCCGGCAACAAGCGCCUGCUGGUGUUGGUGGUGGUGGAGGUAGUAGUGGAGGACCGAGUUGGCCAGGGAUGACGUCUUUUGCUGCUUAAAGCACAGUCAAGAUACACCAUAAAUAAGCACACUAUUGACGUUCUAUGUGUAGCGAGAUCUACAUCGAAACACCAACUCUUCUGCCAUCUGUCGAAGGUGUGUGGCGCACUCUUCACAAUGCAUCGGGAGUUUUUUUUUUAACUCGUACGUAUUGUUUUGUGUUUAUUCUCGGGUACUGUUUGUUGAAAAACAACUAUGUUUUAAUGCGUUUUAGACUUCGAACUUUAAUCCCCUCUCUGGGGAUCCAACUAUCCUUUUGCGCAUUUGCACCGCAUAUGCUUGUCCCGAACACUGAACUCAAAUUUUGCUAUCAUUUUCAGUUCGGUGUCCGCUCCCAUCGGUCACCUGCCAAUGCGGUGAGCAGUUACUCGCUGUUCAGUAAUUAAAAAGUUUAUAAGCAACGCAAAUGCGCUUGCUAACGAGGAAGCUCAGCUAGGUUUGUUUCUUCGGAACGUGUUUCUUCGCGUUGUUAGUUCGGGUAUCAUUUAUGUUUCAUUUUUAACUCGUUUGCUUCGAUAAGAUAUGUGAUCCAAAAAAAAAAAGGCUACGAACUAUUGAAUAAUGCUUUCGGUAGCUUUUUUUAUUAUUAUUUUUUUAAUAUUUCACAAAUACGUAUACACACGUGCGCUGUUCGUUUUGUUCACUGUACGGUUAGCGCGUAGGUAGUAAGUUGAGAUUAGAGAGCGAACAAUUCAAUUUUAUGUCAUAUUACAACACUAUUAUCAGCACCCCAAAGCACUCGCAAAUCCUGCACUUUGUUCGAGGUAGCAAACGUAGUUUUUUUUUUCGUCUUAACCUACACUGUGCAUAAGUGAUCUAGGUAAAGUUGAACUGGUUUGUCAUUGUUAAACCAAUCGACAAUAUGCGGGGAACUUGGAAGUUGAGUGAAGUACUCCUUUGUCUUUCACUGAUUGUUGAACUCUUCCAGAUUUUUUCGCCACAUUUUUUUAAGAAUUGAAGUUCACUUAGUUUAGUUUAUCAAUUACAGCAUUGAUAUCGAUUGAACAUAAAGUAAAUCAAUGUUCUUUUUCUUUCCACUGAGGGGGGAUGAUUCCGCGUUCAUCCUCUGAAGAUGUUCGUUGGCAGUUCCAAACUAUAGGAAAUCUGUAAUAAUUCCUCGUUAAAAUUCCUGUCGAAAAUGGUCGACAGACCAUACGUAACUCAUAUGAGAUUGAAAAAUGUACUCAGCUUCAGCUGCAAGUUCGCAUGCUUAUCAGGGCAAUACUAUCCAAUGUAAAAUUGUUGUCGAGCGACUUAAAAAGAGACUAAUUUUAACCGUAUCGUAAAUGUGUGUGAUGAAACGAACCACAUAUGGCUCAUUUCUUCACACACAUCCGAUAUUCGUUUGGGUUCGUUUCACCAUGUUGUUGCCGAUGAACGUACGUUCUUGCGUUUUAUUUUCAUGGGGUUGCGUUAAUAGUUUGUGUUAGUGAAGCAGAAAAGAAGUACCGUAUAAAUAUUGCUCUUAUUUGAUUAGAAUCGAAUCAGGAUCGCCAAUGUCCUUAAAAAGGAUACGAAUUGGCGCAUAAGCGUUUGUAAGCUGUUGAUCGCUGGAAGGGUAUUAAUUUUAUGUUUACGUGUAUCAUUUGUACGUGCGCGAUACGUACCGCGAGUAAUCUUGCACCGACAAUGAAUUAUUGUUAGCUGGGGUGGGAUAAACCCUUAUUUUAGCAUAUUCCUCCGUCACAUGAAGCAAAGCGAACGGGGAAGGGAAUAAAGUGUCGCAAGUGAGUUUGUUGGCCUUUCACGUGCAUCGUAUAAUAUAAACUCCAUGAGUUAGUUGAUCGGAUGAGUUUGGAAAGUUUGCAAAAUGAAAUGAGCGCGUAAGGACAACAACAGCAGAACGCAGAAGACGCAGUAACCAGUUAAACUAUGGUCCGAUAGAAGAAACACGGGUGAUAACAAAAGACGCGGACGGGAUGAGGAAUAAAAACGGUAGAUGCUAAGAUAGAACGCAAGCUCAGUGUUGUAGUGAAGAAAAGCGUUGGGGUGAUAAAACGAGCCAGCCGUGUAUAAAUGUACAAGUAUAAAGGCAGCAAAGAAGAGCAGAUUUGCAAUCGGUUCUAUGCGUGUGGUGUGAGUUUUGCGCUUAAAAGAACCAACCGCGCAUAACUCCUGCACGGCAUAUUCGUGAAAACACGGCUUCUAAUACAUCGACGUAAUGGUUGCAGAUUA